UGAGAAGAACCUAGAAGUAAAAUGUGCACCAAAUUCCUUCAUGGCUUCUUUAAAAAACGCCUCCAGAGUCGUCAGUGAGAUUUCUUUUUAAUCCACAGCUUCUUUUGAUGAGGUAAUGUCUAAGAAAUGUUCUCGUGGUAUUUCCACUGGUAACCAGCAGUAGCUUCGGGAUCUACUAGUUGUGUUUACAAACUUGAAAUCCGGCACAGUCUUUGGCUGGUGCCCGCGGCUCCUCGUACAAGUUGUGGGAAGCCAUGAGGACGGUGGAGCAACUCUACAGGAAGGGCUUGUUGUUGUGCCUUUUGGCUUGGCGGCUCGGAUCAAAAAGUCUCGGUGUGCCUGAGGGUAUCAUUGAAUGGGGCGGUGUGUUUUGAUCUCGCCUGCCUUUGUGCAACAACUGUUUCUGAGCCGUCAGGGGGUCCGCGGUCCGACCGGCGGAGGGGGACACGGCGGAGGGACUCUGGGCUGCCGUGCUCCGUGGUGAAUGCAGACCAGUCCACUUUGGCUGCAUGUGAGACGCCUUUGGGGACAUUCUGGUUCGGGAAGGCCUGCUGAGGUGUCGUCUCUGCUCCGACAACAAAGGAAACGACUUUUGCUUGUUUAAUUUCACUCCUGCGGCCGCUCUCAGACAAACACCGAGAACGUUGAAGUGGCAAACAGCCGCUUAAGCCUAAGUUGGUAAAUUAGGACUGAGUUUGCCAACGACGCCUGCGCAAUUUGUGCGCACACCCGAGCGCGCGCGCGCGCUCCCUUCAAGUCGUUUUUAAUCAUUUUAAAGUGAUUCUGUAGUUACUGUACCGGUCCACAUACAGUGUGAGUGCGUGUGUGAGGAUGGUGGAGAGCCAGAGCUGUGUUCACAGAGAGGGGGUGUACCGCUGGUUCUCCUCUCUCAACUCAGCCCAGAGGGCAGAGUUCCUGUGCGGCCUGCUGGACCUUUGCGUCCCCAUCGAGCUCCGUUUCCUCGGCUCGUGUUUGGAGGACUUGGCCCGCAAGGACUACCACUCUCUGCGGGAUGCGGAGAUCAAAGCCAACAACCCCGUCGACCUGUCGGGCCUUACCAACAUCACAGAUGAGGUGGUGCGCAGCAAGCUGCUGGUGUCCCUCGCACUGCUCGGUUCAGACAACCGGGAGGCUGCAGGGGUCCUGUACCGGACCCUGACCCACAUAGACACGGUGAUCAAUAACUACGGCCUGGCGCUGAACGACGGGAGGACAGAGGAGCAGUUUCUGCUGCUGUUCACCAUGGCAUCCAACCACCCCGCCUUCAGCUUCCACCAGAAGCAGGUGCUGAGGCAGCAGCUCAGCCAGAUCCAAGACAUCCUGCAGGCAAGCAGUGGUGGAGGAGGAGGAGGAGAAGCUCAAGCUGCAGGGCCGAGCGGUGAACGAGCUGCCAUCUGUUACGCUCAGCCGCAUCACCACUAUCACCGUCAGUCGGUGUCCCUGCCUCUGUCCCCCCUGUCUCCCACUGCCUGCUCGCUGCCUGAUGCCGGCGCUGCCUACCUGCCUCUGUCUGCCUGCCAAGCCUGCCUCACACACUGCACCUGCUGGCACAAGAGCCAGACCAGAGAGACCGGCACAGUAUUAGGAGCUGCUUUGGGACAAGGAGACCAAACAGUCAGCCAGGACCUGACUUCUCCCCACCAAGAACUCCGUCCUCCACCACCACCUCCUCCCCCUCCUCCACCACCUCCUCUACCGCCCCCUCAUCUGCCUUCUUCUCCACCUGCUGGGCAAAGUCAGGAUGCGGCAACUAAGAGCCAGCAGGGGAAUUCUGGAAAAGCGGUGAUUGAAAGGGUGGUGCUGAAAGGAGUUCCUCACAAGCCUGAAGACUCCAGCGAGUAUAGGUUCGAGGUUAGCUGGUCCGAUGGGUUGGUAGUACCUGUUGUAAGAACUCAGCAGGAGGUAGCAGAGCUGCUGUCUCAGCUGUCACAAGCAUUUCCUGAUGGAGUGGAGAAGUUCCCGCCUCAGUCCAUGGAACUGGAUCCCAGGUGUCUAACAGCCCUGCCCUGCCAUGUCCUCCAGCACCACAGUGUCCAGCUGUUCUUCACCUCCACCAGGCCUCUCUCACCCAACUGUCCCUCCUCACCCCUCUCCUCCCCACUUGCAUCCUCACUACCAACCUCUCCUAUAGCCCCAUCCUGCCCGUUCACCUCCAGCUCCAAUCUUGGCUGUAUGAUGCAGUACAAAGGAGGUAACAGGGUGGUGUACAGAGUGGCCAGCGUCCAGCCUGUCGUCAGCACCCACAACUCCAUCUUGACUCGCUCCACUCCUCACUUGUCCUCCCUUUCCUCCCCCCCUCUUCCAACUCUGGCUCUCCUACCUUCCAUUCCUCCUCCCCAGCACUCCCCACAGCUCUCCUCUCUCCCUCCCCCCUUGCCAGCACGUGGCUCUGCAGGAAGUGGGAGCGACAGCUCCUCCCAACCGCAUCCCCAGCAUGGUCAGCUUCAUUUAUACCCACAGCCCUCCCAGCACCACCUUCAUGCACAAACCAGCAGCCAGCCCAGUACGCAGCCUCAGACUCUGCACCUGUCCCAUUCCCAACCAUCGUCCCAUUCACAUUCACAGGCCCGCUCCCAGUCCCAUAAUCAAUCGCUCUCCCAGUCUCAGCCCAAUACGCCAGAGCAGAACGGCAUCCUGGACUGGCUCCGCAGGCUCCGCCUCCAUAAGUAUUACCCCGUCUUCAAACAGCUCACCAUGGAGGAGUUUUUAGCUCUGACAGAGGAGGACCUGAACAAGUACGACCUCACCCAAGGAGCAAAGAAGAAACUGAAGACCCAACUAGAACUCCAAAAGUCUGCAGACAGGGAGAUGAAGAUGGAGAAGCGGCCGUGCAGUGGCAUUGCCAGGGUGACGCCUUCCAGUCACAUGGGACCCUCAGCUCACCCCACUUCCAGUGCAGGAGAACUGCGAGUGGAGGUGGACGCCGUGCCGCACCACCACCCUGUCUCCACAGACAGCAGCUCGUCCUCGGGCUACUCCAGCUCUUCCUGCUCCCCUCGCACCCCACACAGUUGCGACUCCACCUUUGACAGGACCAGAGACAUUCACAGACGUGUGUUGGCUCCAGAUACAGCAGGAAGUGGUCCAGAGAAGGAUCGGUCCUGCAUGUUCAUUCUGAACUCGACAGGCUCCAGUCGCCCCACAGCCCAGGUUCUGCCCGUCCAAACCGAUCCAGCUCCUCCUCUCCCUCCCACAUGCUCCUCCCACCUCCCCUUUGGCCUCCCGCAAUCUGCUUAUCACCCACAGGGCGGUUACCCACAGACGCUGCUCUCCCCGGUCUCAAACCCAGCACGCAUCCUCACCUCCCCUCGCAAGCCCAGGCCCCCUCCGCUGGCCACAGAGGACCGGACUAAGCCGUUGGGCUCGAGCCUUCCUGUGGCCGGUGCAAGCUUCAGUUCGGGGCUCGGGGUGGGGGUAAGACGGGAAAACCUGUUCUCCAGGGUCAACAUGGAUGGCUCAUCUGGACUCCAGGACUCUGUGGUUUGUCGUGGUCUUGCGGGAGGUGGUGUUAGUCUGAUGGUGGAAACCAGCUGCGCUCUGACCUCCACCUCCAACAGCCACCACCACGUUUCCCACCCCCCUGUCCACUUCCACCUCUCAUCCUCUUCCUCCCCUUCUCCAUCUGGAUUUUACUCUUACCCCCCUGUAUCCUCGUCCUCCUUCGCCUCUUUCUCCGCUUCCUCCUCCUGCACCUCCUCAAAAUCCGCCUCUCAGACUGGCAGCUCCAGUGGUGGAGGUAGCUAUGUUCCCAUUGCAACAGCAAGCACAGUUCCUGUGGCUGCAGUCCCGGGCAACACUUACUACCCAUCCCAGCAUACCUCCAGCCCCUCUCCUUCGCCCUCCUCUGCUUCUUCAUUGGAUCAAAGUUCUGGUCACAGUCCUUCCGUAUGUGUUUGCAGUUCUUGCGGUUGUCGAGGGAACUGCGGCGCCUACGGGGCAUUGCCUGGAUACGCCGCAGCCAGCUACCUGCAGCCGUUCUCGGCCGGGCCCUCACUCUUCACUCUGGGUCCUCUGCUCCAUCUCAGCCCCCUGAUAGCAUCGUCCAGCACCGCCGGCACAGGCGCUGCACCAUUCUCCUACCCAAUGAUGGUACCGCCGCCCCUCUACCGCCACAGCCCGCUGUCACAUGACCAGCAGCAGGGGUUCGGCUUUUACCAGCCCCAUGGCAUCAUGGGAAACGGUGGGCAGAAAAGGACAGCAGGGAACCUGUCAUGUUACAACUGCGGUGCCCACGGACACAGAGCCGAGGACUGCAAACAGCCGCCCAUGGAUGCGACACAGCAAGGGACAUUUCGCUUGAAGUACACACCUCACUCUGACAGCAAGGACUCAGGAGACUAAGCAGCAGAGGCAGCUUUGGAUUUGAACUCCAGACUAAACUGUACCUCAUGGUCCUGCUGAAGCCAAAAAAAGGGACAGGAGACAAACAGCCUUCUCCUUUAGCGCAGGGGUUCACUGUUAGUCUGUUCAAAGACUGCUGAGUUGAAUCAUUUGUAUUCUUCCUUUUUUUUUUUUUUUUUAAACCAAAGGUUGCAAAGAGAUUAGAGGAGGAGGAAGAAGAUUUUAAGCACAAGUAAAAGUGGACAUUUAUAAACUCUACCAUGCUUGAUCUCAGAGAUAUAGCUGAAAGUCUUCCUCAUCCUCAGAGAAAACACUACAGACCGACAAUCAGUCACAUGACCUGAAAAGAAGCUUCCCAGUCAAAUGAUGGGGCAUUCACCAUGACAACCACAGCACUCCAGAUGUGGUCUUCCAGAAUACGCAGCCUCUUGCUCUAAUCAAGUCCUGCACUUACUGCGAUUAGGUUUGGUUGGAAGUACCAGUGUUAUCCCUCCUUUCACAGGAUCUACUGGUGCACAACGUCUCACAGUACCACAGCUAAUCAUUUGAAUGUUGGCUCGUUGCUUCUCAUGGUUGGCAUGUCCACACAAAGAUUUCACUUUAAUCUACUAGUUUCUAAAACUGGCACUGUAUGUUCAGGUGGUUGAAAGUUCCAAAGUUAAUCCUGACCAAAUCCUGAGUCACAGUAUUCACAUAUUCACCUGGAUUUAAGCUCUGUUUGAUUUCAAAACAGCCUCAAUCUACCAGUUACAUAUUCAGAGGUUUAUUCAUUUGCUUUGUUUCUGGUUAUCAACAAGCAGGAGUCAAAUGUCUGGUUUGGUGCUUUACAUCUCGUGCACCAGCCUUUAUACAGGUGUGCACAGAGCUGUCGGCCACAUUUAAACUGGAACUCCGUAUUUAAAUGUGCGAACAGUCGAAUGAAUGAAUGAAUGAAUUCUAACUGGCACACAGACUGCAUGAACUGGAAACCACCUUCAGCAACUGGAGAUCUAAGAGGAAAACUGGUGUCUGUUGUGCAUCUUCAGCCUGAGUCUGUAUGUAAAGAUGGAAAAUCCGAUGUCCCCGAAAUCAGCAUUGUCAGGUUGAUGUAAUGUGCAACCAAAGUAACAACCAGGGGAUGAACAUGUGGUAUUGAGUGCAUGCCUUUUUCUCAGCACUGCUGGCUAAACAUUAUCACACAGCACUUCAUCCAAGACUACCAAAAUGGUUUCUUUGAAGCGUAUCUUAUCACGGUGAUGUUUGAGUGUUCGUUUUUUCAUUUGCUCAGUUUGUUUUGAUUUUUUAAUUAGUUUCUGAGCCACCUGUUGGCCACUGUUCAGGAAAUGUACACAGGAACUUUCUGCACGAAUCUUCUAACACAUCUUGAGGGACUUUGGCAUUUGUUUCAGGAAGUUAAGUUUGUGUUAAAUGGGUGAUUCGAAUGCUAUAGCUGGUAAGCAAAGGACCCAAUCAGUGUAGAAGAAGGGCAGUUCAGAUUCUGCUGCAGUAAAGUUGCACCAUGGAGGUGGUGGUUGCUGGGCUACGUCAGAGUAGAUCUAGAGGGAACAGCUUCUCUUCCUGCAAACCCAGGGGAGCUAAAUAGGUAAAAUAAUUAUUUUCACCUGCUUUAUACAAAGAAGAACAUGCUUUAUUUUAAUUUUCACAAAUGCAGCAUUAAUAAUAUGCCUGAUUAAAGUAAACUGCCAGUUAUGUCCUCUAGUUUUUUGUUUGUUUGUUUUUUACAACGCUGUUGUUUUUACCCAUAAAAUGCUAGCACUCUGCUAAUGCAUGCUGAUUGGUUGACUGAGGACACUCCUAAAAGAAAGUGUUGCUAAAUAACUUCUUCACACUUCUCAAAGUGCUGAGACCUUCCUAAUGGGGGAGAAAGGGAUUUUACUAAUAAUUAAACCCAUAUAUACAAAACAGAAAAUGGAACGAUAUCUAAGGUUUCAAACUGUUUUAUGAAAAACAUGGUGGAAACAUGUUUACCCCUCAUAUGUAACAUUUUUGGGUCUGUAGGCUGCUGUGAAUUCUGGACUGCCUGGAAAGCAUCUUCUUUCUUCUGGUUGCUUGAUGUUUAAGAGCACUGUGCUUAGAUCUCAAUACCAUGUCUCCACCCUUGAUGGGUACUGCACAGACUCUGGUUGCAGAUAACAUCACCAUCACUCAAAUUCCAUGUUAGUUGGGCUUUUAUGCAGUGGCAUGCAUUGGGGACCUGUCAGCCAUUUUUAUUCACUUCUUGGCGAUCUGCAGCCUUUCUACCUCUGAGCAUGCCAGAGGGCGAAAUGGCCCUCUGUGCACAAAUACAGCAACGACAAUCAGAAAAUAUCAUGUGGUUUACAUCAGGACGAACAUUCAAAGUGCCAAUUUUCUCUUUUCAUAAUUGUGGUGUAAGCGGGAGUUGUUCUUUUGUACUUUGUUUGUACAGGUCUAAGUAUGUCGAGCAUGUUGGAAUUUUAAGAAAGCAAUAGGAAGUGCUUCUGUGUUCGGGUCUUUGAC